UUAGAAGUUUGUCGUUCCGGUGUUUUUGAUAUAUCCACCAGAUGGCAGUACCGUCGAGCUUUUUGCCACUUUCAGCUUUCAGACAAAAUGAGCAGCUCUGAAGAGGUGUCAUGGAUAUCGUGGUUUUGUGGCUUACGUGGUAAUGAGUUUUUCUGUGAGGUAGAUGAAGAUUAUAUACAAGACAAGUUCAAUCUGACAGGUCUCAAUGAGCAGGUGCCACACUAUAGACAUGCAUUAGAUAUGAUUCUGGACUUGGAACCAGAUGACGAGCUCGAGGACAACCCGAAUCAGAGUGACCUCAUCGAGCAGGCAGCCGAGAUGUUGUAUGGCCUCAUCCACGCUCGCUACAUUCUCACAAAUAGAGGCAUUGCUCAGAUGUUGGAGAAGUAUCAACAGGGAGACUUUGGGCAUUGUCCACGGGUUUAUUGUGAAAAUCAGCCAAUGCUCCCUAUCGGUUUGAGUGAUGUGCCAGGCGAAGCAAUGGUGAAGUUGUACUGUCCAAAAUGCAUGGACGUCUACACGCCGAAAUCUUCCCGUCACCACCACACCGAUGGAGCAUACUUUGGCACUGGCUUCCCACACAUGCUGUUCAUGGUGCACCCAGAGUACAGACCAAAGCGCCCUGCCAACCAGUUCGUCCCCAGGUUAUAUGGCUUCAAGAUCCAUCCAAUGGCAUAUCAACUUCAGCAAAAGGCCGCCACCAACUUCAAACUUCCCAUGCGCUCUGUGAGGAAGUAGGCAAGAUACAUAGCCGGGGGAGGUGUUUUGGCUUCAAGAUUCACAAGAUGGCCUACGAGCUGCAGCGACGGGCCGCUGUACACGUCAAGGUUUCCUAGCACGACGUGGGCUUGAGCAAUGGCUAGCGGUGACCAGGUGUGGUGCUACUUAGCUGUCGCUGAUUGCGCAUACAAGCAAUGGCUGCUAUUGCAAGAGGCCUGACCUCUGCAGGGGUCAAACUCUGACGUGGGGAAAGGGGAGAGAUUGUUCAGUUGACGUGUGCGAUUUCUAUGAACACCCGGUAGAAAUUAAGAUAAUAUUCUGUCAUAAACUGAUAUUAAGAGUGUGUUGGAGAAUGGGUGUGUGCGUGUUCGUGUCGUGCGUGUUGUGUGUGUGCGUGCGUGUGUGCGCGCGCGCCCGUGUAUGUGCGUGUGCGUGUACCCGUGUAUGUGAGUGAGAGUGAAAAAAGAGAGUGACAGAAAAAGUGAGAGCAAGGCUUUGCUGGUGGCAAAGGAGUACCAUGAGUUGGGCGGGUUUAUUGUGUUAAUAGCUCUAAAAAGCUUUCUGAGAACAUUUUGCAAUGGUCAGCCCACGGCAAUUUAACUUCUCUUGGACUCUAUCUUCACUUGGGCUGCAGUACUUUCAAUUCAAAUGUGUUGUAACAGUCAUACAUAGAAUAAACUCUAGGCAGAUUAUACGCAGUGAAUUCAAAAGCCUUGUUAUUUUAACGGUAACUUGAGAUGUAAUUUUUCUGUUACAGUAUGGCGUGUCUGUUUGGUUUAACCUAACAUUGUACACAGGUGGCGCCACAUGUUCACUUAUUGAAGUGUUGGUGGUUGAGUAUUGAUUGCGCCUGCAUCAGUUGUACCCAGUAUGUGGCUUAUUCCAAUGCAAGGGUUCACUAUCCAGCUUCGUGCAGUUUGCGUUUGUGUUUAAAACAGUAGUAGGCCAUUCUAGCAUCACAUGAAAAUGUGACAUAUGUAAUAUAACACAAGUUAGGCUUUAAGUUGCAUGGAAUUAAGUGUUGUGAUUUUGUGGUUUACUCGAUUACUUGUGAAUUCAGUAACUGUAAAACAUCGGUGUUCUGUAAUGCAGACAAGGUCCUGUCUUGUUCUGAUAUGUUUUAAUACUAUACAUCUGACAGCUUUCUCUCUGUUGGACGUUGUAAUUCAUAUGGAGGUGUGGAAUCAGUGUAAAUUGCAUCAGAUUUUGUUUAAAAUGGUACUUUAAAUGUCACUGCCUUACUGUUUGUUAAUUUUCAAAUGAAAUUUGUUAUCAAUAAUAGGAUAAAAAAUGUAAGUAAUAUCAUUCUACGAGAAUAAACCUUUCCACAGUUAGAUGACA